UAUUUAUUUUUGAUAUUUUGUUCUUAAUGUUGGUUCUAACUUCUAUUUUUUUUCUUUUUUUUUUUAAACAGUUACAAGGGACCUGAAUAGGGGUUUUCUGAAUUGGUAGUGAUGGCUGCAGACACUGAAGAUUUUGAAAUGAUUUCCCAUAUUCCAUUCCUUACUAAAUAUAAGGUAUGUUUCUAAUAUUUUUGUUCCUUCAAAAGAAGAAUUGAGGAGAGCAUGUGGAGUUAAAAAACCGAUGCUUUCAUGUUUGUUGACCAGCAUUGAAAGAAGUCAACUAAGAUCCCAAAUCCAGCAACUCAAGGUUUACUUUAUUAUCUUCUCAUAAUCUUUAAUCUAAUUACACACUAUCAGAUCAAUGUUUUUUCUGUAAUUUCUUCUUUUACAUUGUCUUCUACAAGUUACUGUUCUGCUACUGUUUAGCAUGAUACAACCAAGGAUUGUAUUAUGUUGAAGAUUAUUCAUGUUCUUCCCCCUGCUGUUCCUAGCCGUCAAGUGAAAGCAAACUCCUCAACAUGGGAGGCAUCGGGUGAGACAUUAAACAACAUUGACCAUGAAUCAAUGGUUGUUGACCCUGCAUUUGUAUUAACCAUCCAGGUUGGCAGUUGUCACUAAAAAGAUGAUGUUUAUUAUUGUGGUAAAAUGUUUUGGUUUAACUUUACUGAAUUAUUAUUAUUUAGGUUAUGUUGACUGACUUUGGGGUAGCAAAGCAAUUUGAUGAAAGCACAAGGUUAAAUUCCAUGUGUGGGACAUUAGAAUAUAUGACACCUGAAAUUGUACAAGGGAGGGGCCAUGAUAAGGCCGCUGAUUGGUGGAGUGUUGGAAUUUUAAUGUAUGAAAUGCUUUCUGGAAAGCCUUCGUUUAGAGGUGGAAACAGACAGAAGAUUCAGGAGAAAAUAGUGAAGGACAAGAUAAAGCUUCCAGGAUUCUUGUCAAGUGAAGCACAUUCGCUUUUGAAAGGGGUAAUGUUGUAAUUUGUAAUACUAUAUGCAUGUGUUAUAGUUGUUGGUUAAUAUUAUAUGCAUGGGAAUACAACAAUUUCUGUUUUGAGCUUCUCACCUGAUGGAGAGGUACAACCGUUCAUGCUAUUUUAAUACAUGAUGAAAC